GUCAUUUUUUGUGUGUCUGUGUGUGGGAGAGAGAGGGAGGUUUAAUGCGGUGCAAGCAAAACAGACAGCAGACACCGAGCGAAGCUCAUGAGCAGAGAAACGUCGUAAUGCGUCAGCUGACAACAGAGGAUCUGAAGAACCUGGAAGUAGACCUUAAAAACUACUUUCCACAGUCGCUGCAGGCAUAUGGGUCCAUUGUGCUGCUGAACAGAACUGGGCAGAGAGCUGAUCCCUUUAUCGUGCUUGUUGACCAGUGGCCAGAGUUCAAAGUUUUACUCAUUAAACCAGAAUAUCGUGAGAAAGGAGAUUCUUUCAAAGACGUGACUGUGUUUUCCAAAAACGAUGAUUACCUUAGAGACCUGCUGGCACAGAAAGAUGUCAUUGACUGGAAGAAGUUCAUCUGUUUGGCUGCUGAGCUUAAACAUGAGAAAAUGCUGGAAGCUGUGGCAGUAAACAGAGGUGUACUUAUGAAGAAAGAGGCAGUGUGCCACAUGCUUGUUCUACAAGAUCCAUCAAAACUUCCAGCAUUUGAUAGUUUAUCACUGAAGAUUUCCUCCCUCAAUGAGUCUCAUAUUGAGCUAGUCAACAGUAACUGGAAGUUUGGCUGUGAAGAUAGCAAAGUAAUGAUUAAAAAUAUGAUUGUGAACUUCCCGUCUUGUUGUGUACUGGACUCAGACGAUCAACCAGUAGCAUGGUUAUUAACUUAUGUCUCCUGUGCGCUCAGUAUGCUGUACACGCUUCCAGAACACAGAGGAAAAGGCUAUGCAAAAGCACUGGUCACCAUUAUGUCUAACAAGCUUCACUCUCAGGGUUGUCCAGUGUACUGUUUCACAGAAGAGGAGAACCAGUUGUCUUACAGGCUCUUCACAAGCCUGGGUUUCAGAGAGGAACCAGAGUUUAGAGCAGCCUGGUUUGUCUUCAAUGAUUUAUAAUUAGAUUACCAUAUGAGCAACUCAAUUAAACGGUUUAAUUUCAAUGAAGAUGUGCGCUAUUUGGUUACGUGAAUGUUGUCUGAUGUAAAACUUUUAAUAAGGCCACUGUCAACAACAAAAAUAAUACAGCAAUAAAAUGUGUAAAACGCAAA